AUGGGAUGUUAAAAAAGCGAAGAAGGUGCACGAGUGCCGCAAUAGUCAAUUCCGCAUUUGUUUGAUAUAAGUAAGAAUCAGCAGUGUACCGAGUUAAGAUAAGUGUGCGUUGAUGACCAGAGACCACACAUACAAAUCCACCUAUACCUAUUCGAGUACAGGUGUAUAUCUCCAAAUAAAUGAGUUCAAUUUCAAUCUAAGCUGCUGUGUGGAAUUCUCUGCAUCAUUUACCAGUGUCCUGAUCGACACUCCGGAGUGAACACAAUAAGUCCUGAACAUACUAAAGAUAUAGUGGUCCUUUGUUACAAAAUUUGGUCCUUCGAGCCGGAUAGUGUGUUUACAACGGAAGAAAGAUGUCAGAGUAUCAGUCCUACAGUAACCGUCCUCGACGCUUGACCCGUCCACCAGCCUAUCUUAAAGAAUUUGAAGUUCAGUAUCCUGGUCAAGUUCCAUUACCAUCUGUGGCCCAUACAGCACGCCCAUCACCUGAUAAGGAAAGGUAUCAAGAGUAUACCAAUAAAUACUACAUCCCAAUGAAGUCAACAAAUCACUUUGCAGCCUCAUCUCCUACCAGUCAGUACAGUUCCUAUGGAGGAGAGAAUAGAUUGCACACUACAGUGGAUCGGUGGGAUGUACAAGAUGUGAAAACACCUUUACUUCAAACAGAAGAUGCUGAUUUCUUACCACUGAGAUACAACUUAGUUAUUCACGACCUUGAACUUGAGAAUCAACAGUUAAGACAGACUACACAGUCCAUGAGAGAGGAGAUCAGGCGCUUAUGGGAGAUGCAAGUAGGCAUUCAAGAGCAGUUAAAAAUAAAUCAACAACUGCCCUCAACCCACAGGCAACUGACCCAAGAUCAAGUUCCCCCCGUGCCUGCACCCAGAACUCGUAUUAGAUCAGCAGAGAAGAUUGCCUUUAACUUUGAUCGAAAUACUCCACCACUACCCGCUCCGCGGCAUAGACAAGUGGCAGAUAAACAAGAAAAAACCUCUCUUGAUGACAGUGAACCUAGUACGGGCCGAAACUUCAUUCAUCAUAGACCAUCAGGAGAGCAGCAAGCUCUUAUGGUUCCAGAACCCCCAGGCAUUCAAUACGUAUGUGAAGAAUCUUCUCCUAUGUAUGGAUCUGUAAACCAUUGCUUCCACAACCAAGUUAUUUGUUGCAUACUCCUAUUAGACAAUAUCAAGAUAUUCGGAAGUCGGAGCCACUAG